UUCUGGUCAAACAGAGCGAACCCAACCGCUACGGGCAUGAGACGAUACGCCACUGUUCUCGCCACUCUAUUCCUAGUCACCAAUGGGGCAAUCGUGUCACCGGACAUGUUUUGGGAUUUUCCAAAACUAGAGGACCUGAUACCCCAAGAUUUGAAUCUCACUGAGUACUCUAUCGCUGUCAAGGCCGACCAUCCACACGCUCACCUCAAAGUUCUAGAAGUCAUUAGGCUCUACGGUUACGUAGCAGAGGCACACCAUGUUGAGACGAAGGACGGCUACAUUCUCGAGAUGCAUCGUAUAGCGGGAAAUCGGACUAACCCCAGCCCAGCGAACAAGCCCGUCGUCAUCCUCAUGCAUGGGCUGCUCUGCAGUUCAAUGGAUUGGGUUAUCGCCGGUCCCGAUAGAGGCUUAGGUUUCAUCCUCGCUGAUGCCGGGUAUGACGUUUGGAUGGGUAACGCCAGGGGAAACAUUUACUCCCGGCUCCACUCAACUCUCUCCGACAGAGAUCCAAAGUACUGGGGUUUCAGUUGGCACGAGAUCGGUUCGAUGGAUUUGCCAACAAUGAUCGACUAUGUUCUCGAGACGACCAGCCAGAAGAAGCUUUACUACGUGGGCCACAGCCAAGGAAGCACAACCUUCUUUGUCAUGAUGACCGAACUGCCCCAGUACAACGAAAAAGUCCGCGCCACUUUUCUCCUCGGACCAGUUGCUUACUGCUCGAACAUGAUCAGUCCGAUGUUCCAAUUCCUCUCUCGGAUCCUCAAGCCCAUCACGAUGGUGGCCAAAUGGAUCGGCCAGUACGAGUUCAAGCCGUCGUCCAUGUUCUUCAACAAGUUCAAGGACAUGCUGUGCUCGCACAGCCUCGUCGCGGAAAAGCUAUGUAUGAACGCCAUAUUCCUGAUAACUGGGUUCAACAAGAAACAGUUCGACAUGGAUCUGUUACCGGCAAUUUUAGCUCACACGCCGGCUGGUUCUGCCGUUGAUCAGUUCGUGCACUACGGCCAGGUCAUCAAUUCCGGGAAUUUCCGGAAAUUCGAUUAUGGCAUGACCAUGAAUUGGCUGAAGUACCGGUCAAUCAAGCCACCGCAGUAUAAUCUCAACAACGUCAAGGUCCCGGUCUCGUUGCACUACAGCAUCAAUGACUGGCUUUCACAUCCAAGAGACGUAGAAAAACUUUAUACCGAACUUCCAAACACCAUCGGCAAAUUUCGGGUCCCCGACGACAAGUUCAACCACAUCGAUUACCUCUGGGCUAAGGACGUGAAGGUACUGGUGUACGAUAAAAUUAUGAACCUAAUGAAGCGCUACAAAAUUUGAUGAAGCUACUUUAUCUUAUUAAAUGUAAUGUAAACGUAGAUGAAUAAUUUAUUUAUAGUAGUAGGUAGAUAGCGAAGGAGAGAACUGUGAAAGCUAUAUUUUUGUAUUUUUAUACGACUGACGUUGAUUUUUUUUAUAGUAAACAAUGUGAAUGCAUGUGAACCAAUGUGAUAAAGAGUAUUGAUGUAUCGAAAGA